GAUAAAUUUUUAUGCAUGAAUAGUGAAGAGAAUAUCAAAAUUAUUUCAUCUUACUUAAAUAUUGUUGAUAACAUUCCUUUAACACUUUCUACAAUGUAUCACAUAUUUCUUGAUUUUUCCCCUGAUGGAUUAAAGAUUGUGUGUGCACAAGCAAAAAGCUUAACAAUAUUAACUAUAGGAAAAAGUCAUAAGAAACAUAUCAGUGAUAUCAAGAUUACUUCUACAAUUAGUGUAAUCAAAUGGGCACUUAAACAUAAAAUUUUUAUUGGACUUACAAGUGGAGAGAUGGUAAAACUUAUCUGCGAGACAUCUUACAAGCCUUACAUCAUAUUAUGGACCUUAAACAAUACAUUUCUGGUAUCAGGAGCAUGCAUGUCUGUUGACGUAUACACACCACCUACCACCUUAUAUCAAGAUGACAAAGGAAUUAAAUUAUCAGAUAAAGAAAAAAGCUGCACUAAAUUUGAACUGUCUCAAAAUUUUGAUUUCUCUUCUGAAAAUGAUAAUAGCUCGUCUAAAAAUCUAGCAGAUGAAAAUGUCACACAAAUAGAAAUUGAGAUUAAUUGUGCCUGUCUUAAUGCUGAUGGUCAUAUAGCUGCUUUUGGUAGUUUUAAUAACAUCAGAUUUCUAAUUCACAACGAGAAUAAAAGUUUAUGGGAAUUUUCUCAUAAAAUAUACCACACCAAUGCCAACUUUAUCAAUAACCAACCAUAUUUUUAUUGCAUCAACUCUAUAAUUUGGAAUUCUGACCCAUCUCAAAUUAUCAUCGGAACUGGGUUGGGUGGCUUAUACGCUUUGCAGUGUUUUACCACGAAAAUAUGGUACAGGGAUAAAAAUUUGGAGUUUACUUUCGUAACCGAUAGUUGCCUAGUUGUUCAUAAAAAAGGAAUUACUUCUCAGGACUCGUCAUUUUUAAAUGCUGCUAUCGAUAAAAGUUUUAUUGGGAAUAAUCAGUAUUCAUUCACGAUUACUUCUCCUAGUUAUCAAGCCAUAGACCCUGCCUUAACCUAUUUUGGUUCCCCGAGGAAUAAUAGAAACGCGCUUUUAGUCUGCAAAAAAUGCACGAAAAUAAUUUUAACAGACAUGGUUGACAAAAUAUACUGCGAAAUAGAUGUACAUAAAUCUUUUUUACUCAUCAAAAAAUUCGAUCAAUUGAUUUUGCCGAAAACAAUAGUAGACAAAAAUAACAAGGAAUUUAUACCUACUAAGAAUGGGUGUAUUAUAUUCUUGAACAAUGAUUCUAUAAUCAAAGAUCACAUCAUGAUCAGUACCCAAUCAAGUAUCAAAAAAAUUACGCAUUCAGCGUAUGGCGGCAAUCACGAGAAUUAUCAUUUUUUGUUGCUUUUCAAAACGUCUAAAGAUGGUAAAAUAUUGCAAUGCCAAAUUAUUUAUUACGGGCUACCUCAUUCAACGUCACCAUCUAUAAAUAAAUUUUAUAAAGAUCAAAAUAUUAGUGAAAAUAUAGAGAAAUCAUAUAAUUUUGAUAAAAAUACUUAUUAUAUGGGGACCUUUGACUUUUUACCCGUUUCUCUCUACUUAGAUAGGGGGAUGCAGAAUUUGUCCAAUCACAAUCUUGCAAAGUGUAUAGAGAGGUUCUUUAGUGUAACAUUAAUGGACUCCCUUAAUAGGAAACACGAGAAGGGAAAUUAUGAAUAUGAUGAUUCCGAUGGUAGUUAUUCAAACUUAAAAAGUGUAAGGUUAUGUUAUCUGACAAGCCACCACGAUAUAAAAAUAGUCGACGCAUUUCUGAAACUUUCGGACUCCAACCUAGGCCAGAAAAAUGGUAAGAAUAUACCGGUCGAUACCGAAAAUGUCAAGGAACUUUGUUCUUACCACCACAAUUUCCCCAUCAAGAGUCUAAAGUUGUCCCCUAUUAUCAAGGAAUACUUAGUUUUUUUAGAUGCAAAGAAAGAUUUGUACGUUCUGCGCAUUACGAUGGUGGAUUCUUAUCCAUACACGACGGAAAACCCAAAAGCUUUCUUAUGCUCGACAUCUGUAUGCUCAUUCUUUUGCUGGAUUAGUUGGCAUAAUCAAUUUCCAGUUUUAUUAUUCUCUCGACAGGAAAAAAGGAAUGACUACAAUCACGGGUAUCAAAUUGGGUUAAUCAUGGAUUUCAAAUCCGAAAUUAAUGAUAAAAUCUCAAAUUUCAGAAGUAAAAACCAUUUAGAAACGAUGGCAUACCCCCAUGCUAAUGAUAAUAACCAUGUUCCUCCUUUCCUCACUCAUUGGAUGGAUAAUAAAGGAAGAGUUAAGAAAGUAGCAAUAGACCCAUACACCAAUACAUAUUACGCGAUAGCACAUAGAAACCUGAUACCUGCCCAUGAAAGUAACAGGUUUUACGAUAAAGGACCAGAUAAAAAUGCUGACGAAAUAUUCAAAUCAUACCCACUCAUUCUACCCCAAAAUGAUCACCGCUCAAGAUUGUUAUCGUCUACAAAUAUGGACCAAUUUUUGAUUGAUAAUAAAUUAGAAAAAGCUAUGAAUUUGGUAAGCGAUAAAUCGACCCUGGAAAAGUUUACGAAUGCCACAUGGCACAGAAAUAUAGGAUAUUCAAAAUUAGCCGUGUUAAAAAUGAAGGAUGUUUCUAUGUUAAGCUUAUUCAAUCAUUCCAUUCUACCUUAUGAUAUUAUCAAGAUAGAUCAAGAUGAUAAUAAAACUUCAAAGAAUAAUUUUAAAGAAAGAUCUACUUGCCACCAGUUCUUGAGGUGUAUAAAAAAGGAUAGCUCUGAUAAUAAUCAAGAUAUUCAGAAUGCUAUUGAGUCCUUACUUCCCCGUCAAACCACGCCAAAUAAUCAAGAUAACACCAAUAAACUAGUUUUCAAUCAGGUCUUAUCUGGUGACUUGCAUUCCUUCGAAAGAGAAUUUUUGAAGCCUAACAAAAACAUGGAAAAUAAAUCUAAUAUUACCAAUUCGUCCGAGCUGGUUAUCGAUCUUAUACGACUUUACUCUGCUUCAAAUUUAUGGGAAGACGCUUUAAGGCUUUACAAAACCCACGAAAACAGACUACCAGCUACUUUAACCAAUAAGGAUGACAAGGAAAAUGUUGAUAUACUUAGCUACGAUAAUAUAUGCGAUAGUUAUUUAACGUGGCUCAAAGAAACCAAACAAUACGCAAAAAUAGGCAACUUUUGUUUCAACGAAAAUCGCGAUUACAAGAGAGCUUUUAAGUAUUUUAUCAAGGGAGAAAACUUUAAAUCUGCAGCACUUAUGUUGGAGAAUUUAGAAAUCAAAGAUGUUAGCCAGGCAAAAAUUCGUGGGGAGGAUAUAAAUUUAUUAAUCAAAGAACUAUCUAUUCAUAAUCUCUACAAAUCUGCCGCGGAGCUAUGCCUCAAAUUUGAAUCUUUCCUUGAGCUAAAUCAUCAACAGUCAAAAACUUCUAAAAACCUCAAUCAAAAGCCUAUUAAACAUUCUAAAUCAUUGAUGAAUAAUAAUGAUACUAAAAAAAUUAAAGAAUCUGCCCUGGAAUUUUACAAAGCUGGGAAUUUAUACCCUCAAGCCUUGCAUUUAGCUAAGCAUUAUUUUCCUGGAAGAGUCACAGAAUUGGAAGAAUGCUGGGGCGAUUAUUUAGUCGAAAGUGCGAAUGAUUUCAAUGGUAUCCACAAAUCACAUUUUACACUUAAAGGAGAAAAAAACAAAGAGAUUUAUGGUGGUCCUACAGAGACGUACGAAGAUUUAGAGAAAGAAUUUUUCAAACAUUUUCCUGAUAUGACUCGAAACGACUUAGUCUCACCUUUCAAAAAAUUUGAAAACCUCUCUCACAAUCAUAACAAAAGCAUCAAAGGAAGAGAUUCGACGGAUAUGAAUUGUAAAUUGGCUGUGAAUCAUUACAUUGAAGCUGGGGCGACUUUAAAAGCCAUUAAAACUGCGCUUGAUUUUGAGGACUGGGAAAAUGCGCAAGAAAUUUUGAACCAACAAAUAGUUUCAGAUGAUACAAAACCUUUAUUUGAAAGACUUGCUCAACAUUACGCUCGUAUUAAAAGAUACGAUUUGGCGAUUUCUAUCCUGUCAAGAAUAGGAAAUGAUUUUCAAGGAAUAUUGGAUAUUUUAAUACAGGAGGAAGCUUGGGAGGAAUUGAAAAAUUUCAUUGACAAAUUACCAUCUUACAAUACCGACUCUUCUAAAAAGGAUUCUUUAGAAAUAGAACCAAUAUUAACUAAAACUCAUGUUAAGGAUCAACUUAGGUUUAAAGCAUUCGACUUAAUUUCCUCUCCACUUCAUGAUAAAAAUUUCCCCGAUUUUCCUAUCCGCGCCGAUAAGGCUGAACGCAUACUUUUAGCCAUAGGCGAUUUGAAGGCCAUUGUAGAUAUGCACGAUCAGCUGGGAACUUAUCAAAAUCUUUUGAAGACUUUGGAAAAUGCAUUUCACAAUUUUAUAAUUGAAAAUAAAAUAGAAUAUGAUUUCAAUGAUUUGACCUUAAAGUUGCUAAAAAUCGGCGACAAAUGUGAAGCCAACUAUGAAAUGGCUUGCCAAUUUUACAUGUUUUCUACACUAUUUAGGCUUAAAUUUGGUGACAUCGAUAAUAAAACAUUAUUAAAGAGAAGUAUCAAUGAGGGUUGGCAAAAGGCGGUUAGAUUAUACGAAAUAAAAGGUAUGUGGAACAAAGCUCUAGAUGUUAUUAAGCUCGUUCAAAAACAAUAUAAUUCGACACAUAAUAGUUUGAUAGAUGAUUACAAUAUGUUUGAAACUGAGCUGAAAAGGUUAACCUUAUCAUGGGCUACUUACUUGGGUCCGGAUUCAGCUUACCAUCUACUCACCAAAAUGAAUAUUAUCGAACCUUUCUUUUCAAACUUUUAUCAACCACCACCGAAACCUGUUGACAGCAAGGACGAGAAUAUAAUCGAAGGAGAUACCAAGGAAAGCGAAGAUAAUAUAGACGAUAGUUAUUCGCUUCACGAGGCGAAUUUCGAAUUAGCCCUGAAAAUGGCUAAUAAAUGUGUUUUGUCGAAGGAAAAAGAAAAUUUAAUCAGGUAUAAUUAUGCGGAGUAUCUGAAAAACCGCAAGGAUUACGCUCAAGCUCAAAUCCAGUACUUAAAAGCGGGUAGAAUUCAAGAAAUAGUAAACAUGUACUUGGAAUUAAACGAUUUUGAAACUCCUUUAAACAUUUGCACUUCUUUAUUAAACGAUCCUACUCAUUCAAAUAUUGUUACUGGACGAAGUUCCUUUAAUCUUGAUUCGAGCUUCGACCAAAAUGUACGAAUGACAUUCAAAAUUAUGAUAGAAUCUAUUCUACAACAAUUAGAGGAAUACGCUCUCGAAAAUGAAAUCAUGUUCGCUAAAAAAGCUGAAACACUUUAUCUAAAAGCUAGAAGGCCGGACUUGUUAUUAAAGUUUUUUAAGAAAGCUAAUAAAUGGGACGAUGUGAUGAGAAUAGCUAGGGAUUAUUUGCCAUCACAAUUGGAAACGCUGGAAAAAGAACUGAUAGAAAUCAAUAUAAAGGAAGGUAAAGGGGAUCCUCAAUCUAUAUUUGAAAAAGCGAAAGAAAUGGAAGAAAAUUUAGGAAAUUUAGGAAAUAUCGACAAAACUAAUAUAGCCGACUCACAAUACAUUGACAAGCUGUCUAAAAUCAUUGACUUAUACACGAAGGCUGGUUUGACGGCAUGCAAAAAUGAACCCGAGCUUUCUGACAAAAGCUGUCAACAUGCUCUUGCCUUAUCAAUGUCUUAUUUUUUUAACGAUCAAAACAAUUCUGAUAAUCUUAAAUUUAACCGAAGAGUAUCGAAAAAUAUAGACGGGCUCAAAGAAGAUACGAAUUUUACCGAAGAGAGAGCUAACUUGCUUAAUCCUUACGCCCUUUUCGAGAAUAUCAUGUUACCGACACUUCAGUCGAUCGGAAGAUUCAGCAUAUUAGGACAACUCUUGGAAAUUCUUUUAAAUUUUAAAAUGGCGAGGAAUAGACCUUAUUCGGAUUCCGAAUUGGACAAGAUAAAUAUGGUUAACUUUCAAAGAUGUAGUAAAAAGGAUAUGGUAGAAAUAUUUAUCAAAUCGGAAAUGUACCAAAAUGCUAAACGAUUGGCUGAUUAUUACUGGAAAAAUAAUGAUAUUCAAUUCCAAAAAUAUGCGGAAAAUGAAUUGAAGAAUCGGUAUAUGAAGGAAGGAGACAUAAAGUACAUCAAGAUUUUGGCUAAAAUUGAUAGUGAAAUGGCUUUCGAUAUAUUCACAUCUCAAAACAAAUGGGAAGAAUGUUUGGAAUUGGUUAAAUCCAUUGGCCCCGAAUCGCUUUACUUCAAGUAUUCCUGUCUAUAUGUUCAUCACUUAGUUAAAACUUACCACAACCCAAAUAACAAUAAUGAAUCGCUAAAUUAUUCGACGAAAAAUAUUUUGCUUAAAAUAUUCUCUCUAUUUGUUAAUACACCGCUCUAUAACUACGAAGACCAAGAAUUAUAUGAAAUAGCCUGUGGAACAUAUGUAGAAGUUGCAUUUUUUAUCACCUGCCAUACGGGUACACUUUUCUCUUCACACGAAUCCUACAUAGAUUCCUCAAAUCAAUCAAUGAGCAAAGAUUAUACUUUGGCAGAAAAUGGUCUUAACUUGGAAUUGAGCAAUUAUCGACUCUGGGCCCACAUUAGGAACGCUUUCUUUUUAAUAAAUCAAAAAUCGAAUUUUAAGAAUUUAAACCCAAAACUGAAAGCAACAGCAAAUUUUCAAAACUUGAAUGAAUGGAUAUGGUUUUCCCAUUUAACCGCCAUCAAAAUAGCUUUACAAAAUAUAUUCAUUCGCGAUUCAAGAUUAUAUACAAUCCAUAAAAAUAUAUCUUCGAUAUCAAGGUCAUCUACAAAUGUUGAUUUUCCCGAUCAAUUCAGACCAAAUAUUGAUUUUGUUAAAGGAACCAUAGCCAAAAUAGAUCUAGCUCUCUUAAGAUAUUCAGAUGUCUUAAUACCGGCCCCGUUGGCAUUUUAUCUAGCUGGAACCUGUGCCAAAGAAGCUGGUUGGAUUGAUACCGCCUUUGUUAUAUUAAACUUUUGUCUGGAUAUAUUUGAAGUAUUUAAUUCUUACACCCCACCUAUGAAUUUGAAUUCGUUAAUUCAUGAAGAUUCAUCAACUUCUACGUAUAAAGAAGAAUUUCAAAACCCAACUACAGACCAAGAAACUUCGACGCUAAGUUUCUCACCCCUUGAGAAAUAUCCCGAUAUACCUAGACAUAUUUUUCAUUUAGCCUCUUCGUAUAAUUAUUCUCUCCCGCCCCUUUUCAACGAAGAAAUAAUGCUCACUGAUAUCGAAGAAAGGGUGAGGGACUGGAUUUUAGCAACUUCGUUAGAUAGAUCUACAAAUAAGCAAACCUUAGAACUUCCUAUCGAUUCUCAAACCGGAUAUUUUGUAGGGUCUUUAUGCUCAAGAAAAGAUGCCAAUAUCACUAAUAAACGGUUGUCAGGUUCUGUGCCCAUGGGCAAAGUUAUUAAAGGUAAAUCUUCUACUAAUAUAUCUUCAGUAGACGAAAAGGAAGAGGUUCGUCCUUAUCCCCCUUGCAUUAUAACAGGAUACCCAGUCAUUAACGAGAACAGUAAAAUACAUUUCAAAAAUACAACCAAGUGCGCAAAUAGAGUAGAUUGGGAUAAUUUUACGGAUCUGCUUAAGAUUUUUUAUAUCAACAAGGUUAACGAAAGUCGCGAGAUCGAGGAUAUCGACAAUUUUAUCACGAAAUGGUGUGGUCAUAUUAUGAAAAAUAACUUAUAAUAAUUAUAUAUUCUUUUAGUAUCAUGUAAAAUAAUUAUAAACACGUUUGAUCUCAUAUUUUUAAUUCAUUUUAAUGUACUGUAAUGGUAGUAGAUAGAAUUUGAAAAAUAUAAAUUUCCCUUGUUUUAUCAAUUAU